UUCAAAGGUUGAAAUGAUGUAAGGGUUCCUGAUUGGUCUGUCGACAUCACGUGAUAGAAAACUAAUUUCCGCCAUCUUGACAAGUCACCUGGUGCUCUCAGCGCUGUUUUGUGGAACAAAGCAGAUGGAUAAUCCAAAACAUGCCUGAGUGAACUUUGACCCAUCUCCAGGUAGAGGCCCCGCCCGGCGAUGGAGGCAGACGACCCAGAAGGGGCAAAGGUCACAGGUGGGGGGGAGGGCAUGGAUGUCACCGCUGAGGUCAAGGAUUCAACACUUCCUGAACAGGAACAACAUGAUGAUACGGAGAAAGAUGCUGCUGGUCCCGGAGACAGAGAGGAAGAGGCAGCCACAGAAAGCUCAGAUGAAACAAGCCAAGAAAAUUCUCAACCUGCCAUCGAAGAGGCUGAAACAACAGAGGAUGCUGGUAGGAACUUGGAGGAAAGUCCAAACGGUGAUUCUGUUAAAGAAAAUGAAAAUUCAGAAGGAUCAACAACAGCACAAAGACAAGAUGGCGAUAGCUUAGAAGAUUCAGAAGGCGGGGAAGACACGAUUCAGUCAGAAAGCAGCGAAACUGAAAGCAAAGAUGAACUUCAGAACACAGAAGACAACAUGUCGACAAACAAGCAGGCAGACGCAACCAGUGAAGACGUGACGCAAGUUCCUGCGAGCAAUAGAGCUACAUCUGAGGUUCAAGAUGAAGAGGAGCCUGAGGCUUUCCAAAGCACAGUUACUUCAGGCACUGUAGCAGCAACAGUAGGAGUUGAAGACACAGUCCAGGGAAAUCCCACAGAGUACAGUGAACUAACAGAAGCAGACCAAGACAACGCCGACGGGAUAGGUGCGUCAGAAGGCUUUGGAAAUGUUGUGGACGUGGAAGAAGCGUUGGACAGCCCCCUCACAUCAACGUCCCUUGCGGAUUCGGACCAAGAACUUGACCUUGCCGAGUCGCUUUCCAAUCGUACUGAAGGAACCGUGGAUGACAGAAAUAGCUUACAACAGGAUGACGAUUUAGUAGAAGGGGACAAAAUGGCCGUGAAACAUACAGAGGACCAGCGAUAUGUUGGAAACAAGUCGUCUGUUCCAAAUGACGAACAGCCCAUGGAGGAAAUAUCGCUUGACGAUGUGCAAGAGGAGGAAAGAAAGACAGAGGAGCCGACACAGCCAAUGAGUCCGCUGGAGGGCUGUGAGAGAACUAUCCUCAGAACAGAGGUGGAACCGGAACACACCGGUUCCAGCGUCUACAGCGUGUCCGAAGGGGAGGACGCCCUUCUGUCCGAACUGGACGCAGCCCUGCAGCCAGCGACCGGACCGAUGGGAGAUCCCGAAAAACGGAACAGUGAGAAAACGGCAGCGGAACUGCCCAACGGCCUGAGGAACGACCUCUCUCUGACCGAUGCUCCAGAGUACGCAGAACUGAAGGUCAAGUUUGAGACUCUGAUGCAGUCUCAUACAGACCAGGCUGUACAACUGCAAAGCCUGUCUGAGGAUCUCCAGACCAAGACGGGAAAGCUGGCUGUCUUAAGUGAAGAGAAGGACGUUCUUAAGGCGGAGAUGAAGACAGUGGUGCAGGAGAGGGACACCCUUAAGGUGGACCUGAAUAGGUUACAGUCUUGUGCAACCAACGAAGUCCACGCUACCAGGAUAAGACAGCUGGAAGCGAGUGUAUUGGAGCACCAGAAGGAGGCUGCUGUGCUGAAAGAGAAGCUGGGUUCCCAUGAUGCAGCAGCCAAGAGGGCCAUCACGACUCUACAGAGGGAGAUGGGGGCAAAACUAGCCAAGGCCCAGCAGCUGUAUGAAGACAGUGUGAGGGAGAAGGAGUCCAUGGUCAUCAAGUACGCAAAGAGUGAGAGUCAGCUGCUAGACCUGACCAAGGUAAAUGAGACCCUAGACAGGAGACUGAAGGAUGCCAUGAGGGAGAGAGAAGGUCUUGUUGCCAGGCUGAAACAGUUCCACGCCGAGAGUCAGAAAGUUAGGCAACAAGCAGACACUAAGGAGUCUGAAGUGUCGGCCAGAAACAAGGAAAUGGACAAACUGAAGGAGGAGAUGAACUCUCACAUCAUCAAAGUCAGGUGGUCACAGAACAAGCUGAAAACUGAGACUGAAGCUCACAGGGAAACCAAGGCUGAACUUGAGAAGAUGCGACUUAAACUGAAAGAAGCCAAGGAGGAGUCUGAACAGAUCCGAAGAAACUGUCAGGAAAUGAUCAAGACCUACCAGGAGUCAGAAGAAGUGAAGUCAGUUUCACUGGACAAACAGCUGAAGGAGAAGGAGACACAGCUGAUGAUGCAACAACACCAGCGCUCAGAGGAGAAAGAGGUCCUGGAGAACCUUAAGAAGGAGCUGGAUGCACUGAAGCAUAAGUACAAGGGGCAGCUGUCAGAGAACAACUCACUCAAAACUAAGGUUGCGUGUUAUGAGGAGGAGAGGCAGAAGACAGAGGACAUGGUGAGACAGUACAAGGACGCCCUGGGCCAGCAGAAGUCAGACAACAUCGGCCUGCAGGAGAGGAUGCGCCAACUGGAGGAGCUACAGAAACAACUGGACAGUACCAAACAGGAGAAGGGUCAGUUCCAAGAGCAGGUCAGGGAGCUGCGGUCAACCGUGUCUGACCAGGAGGCCUCUGUCACCACCAGCAGGGCCAGGGAACAGGAGCUACUCGUCUUCACCGAGAAACUCACCGCUAAAAACACCCAGCUCACCACAGAGAACAACACACUACAGGCUAAGGUUGACAACCUAACAAUGGAGUUGAGGGGUCUGAGACAGACACUUGAAGAAUUGAAGACUGAAAAAGAAAAAUUGAGCAAGGAGUUGGCUGAAGAGCAAGAUUUACGCUCCAGAGAAGCAGAACUCCUAACACAACGACUGUCCGAGAAAUCAAGAGCCGUUGAACAGCUGACUAUCCAGAUUGAAGACCAGAAAGACGAGAUCAAGACUCUGAAGAGGAAACACCAGCAGGGGGUCAAGGAUCUGACAAGACAGCUGCAACAGGCAAAGAAAAAACUGGAGGCUAUAGAAGCCAGCCAGAACGAGGGAAAAGAGCUGAGCUCCAGCUCCAGGGCCAGUUCUUGCACCUCAUUGGACAAGGUGUCAGCCAAUGGCAUGCCAGUAUCUGGCAGCCCCCCUGUUCAAAAUGCUGCAGCUCAUGCCAGUAGUGAGGAGGACAAUGUGCCAGCUGUCAGUUACAAAGGACCAGCUGCGACCGAGCAGGAAGACCCGUACCCAAACAUCGACAAGUCAGUGCUGGUGGAGAGGAUCCUGAAGUUACAGAAGGCUCACGCUCGCAAGAACGAGAAACUGGAGUUCAUGGACGACCACAUCACACAGAUGGUCGACGAAGUCAAGAAAAAGACCAAAAUUAUCCAGAUGUAUGUGAUGAGGGAGGAGGCUGGCACUCUUUCCACUGAGUUCAUGGACGACAAUAAGACCAAAUUUUUGGCCCGCAUGGCCAGGAAAGGCGGCAUCAUGGCGUCACUCUACUCUGGAUCACCGCAUGACAGCGAGAUGACCUUUGACCUGUCGCUGGAGAUAAACCGCAAGCUGCAAGCCGUGCUGGAAGACACCCUGCUGAAAAAUAUCACCCUCAAGGAGAACUUGGAGACACUUGGAGAUGAAAUUGCCAGACUAACAAGAGAAUUAGCAGCUCUUAAAUAGAUACAGUAGCAAUUUCUAUCUAGGCUCUGCCUCAAAUUUACUAAAAUAUUCUCAUUAAGUAGUAUUUAGAUGGGGGAAAUGUCUUAUACAAGUAUAUGGGAUGGGUGAAUCAAUGCUGCACAUCUUCU